CGGGCAGUCGGGAUCGGGCGGCGCCGUCGCGAGAGCUGGAGGCCGCUGCUGGCGGCGGCGCAGGCCAGGCUGGACAGUGUUAUCUUCGCUUAUAACUGGUGAAGAAUGGGAGAGAUAGAAGGAACAUACAGAGUCCUACAGACUGCAGGGACACGCUUGGGUGCCCAGACCGUUGUGGGAGUGAGCACCCUAGAGCUGGGGCAGACACUGUCACCCAGAAUGCAAGAGAAGCACCUGCACAUCAGAGUGAAGCUGCUGGACAACACUGUGGAAACAUUCGACAUUGAGCCUAAGUGUGAUGGCCAGGUUUUGCUGACACAAGUGUGGAAACAUUUGAAUCUGAUCGAGUGUGACUACUUCGGGUUGGAGUUUCAGAACAUCCAGUCCUACUGGAUUUGGCUUGAACCUAUGAAACCCAUCAUUAAGCAAGUACGAAGGCCAAAGAAUGCAGUGCUUCACCUGGCUGUAAAAUUUUUCCCACCUGAUCCUGGUCAGUUGCAGGAAGAAUAUACAAGGUACUUGUUUGCCUUGCAACUCAAGAGAGACCUACUGGAGGAGCGCCUGACUUGUGCCACCACCACUGCGGCCCUUCUCACAUCCCACCUUCUGCAGUCUGAAAUAGGAGAUUAUGAUGAAACCCUGGAUCGAGAGCACCUCAAAGCCAACAAGUACUUGCCCAACCAGGAACUCUCUCUGGAAAAGAUAUUAGACUUCCAUCGGGAGCACACGGGCCAGACGCCUGCUGAGUCGGAUUUCCAGGUGCUUGAGAUUGCAAGGAAAUUGGAAAUGUAUGGCAUCAGGUUUCACACAGCUUCUGACCGGGAGGGGACCAAAAUUAACCUGGCAGUCUCCCACACUGGUGUCCUUGUAUUCCAGGGAGCCACCAAAAUCAACACCUUCAACUGGUCCAAGGUCCGUAAACUAAGCUUUAAGAGGAAAAGGUUCCUUAUCAAACUCCACCCAGAGGUCCAUGGACCCUACCAGGAUACAUUAGAAUUCUUGUUGGGUAGCAGAGAUGAGUGUAAGAACUUCUGGAAGAUUUGUGUGGAAUACCACACUUUUUUUAGACUUUUUGACCAACCUAAGCCAAAGGCAAAAGCUGUGUUCUUCAGCCGGGGCUCUUCCUUCAGAUACAGUGGAAGAACUCAGAAGCAACUAGUGGAUUACGUCAAAGAUGGAGGAAUGAAGAGAAUUCCAUAUGAAAGACGGCACAGCAAGACCCGGACAUCUAUCCAUGCUCUGACUGCAGACCUGCCAAAACAGAGCAUCUCAUUCACUGAGGGUUUGAGGACUUCCGCCUCCCUGUCUUCAGCAAAUGCUUCCUUUUACCCACUCUCUACCUCCCUUCUGACUCCUCCCGGUCUGCCCAAUUCCAAGGACAGCAGCAGCUCCCUUAUGGAUCCCCAGGCUCCCUAUGUCAAGAGUGCAGCAGCAGAGAGGAGCGGCGGAGCAGCGGCCAGAGGCCCCAGCACACAGUCCGCCCACCUCCCCGGGCCCCCUGCACUCCAGCCUGGUCCAGGCCUUUCCAUGGACACUUCUCAGCCUUCUCCCUCCAGCCAGAAGAGCCUAAGCCCUGCACUUCUGGCAGCUCUGGGCCCAGCUGAGCAGGGCUCAUCCCCUGUCCCAAGCCCUGUCCUUAGCAACGCUGGCGGAGCCAGGAUGAAUGACCAGGAGGAGCUGAAACACAAGCGCAUGCCAGAAGAUGAGGCCUAUUUCAUAGCAAAGGAGAUUCUCGCUACAGAACGAACAUACCUGAAGGAUUUAGAAGUUAUUACUGUGUGGUUCCGUAGUGCAGUGGUCAGGGAGGAUGCCAUGCCCGCAGCUCUGAUGACUCUGCUUUUCUCCAACAUCGAUCCGAUCUACGAGUUCCACAGAGGCUUCCUGCGUGAGGUGGAACAGAGGCUAGCACUCUGGGAAGGGUCCUCCAGUGAUUGUCAACGAAUUGGGGACAUCCUGCUCAGGAACAUGCGUCAGUUAAAGGAGUUUACCAGCUACUUCCAGAGGCAUGACGAGGUCCUGACAGAACUGGAAAAGGCCACCAGGCGCUGUAGGAAGCUGGAGGCAGUGUACAAAGAGUUUGAGCUCCAGAAAGUCUGCUACCUGCCUCUCAACACGUUCCUGCUGAAGCCCAUCCAGCGGCUGGCACACUACCGCUUACUGCUGAGCCGGCUGUGUGAUCACUACCCACCUGGGCACCGCGACUGUGCCGACUGCCAUGAUGCCCUGAAGGCCAUCACAGAGGUGACCACUACACUGCAGCACAGCCUUGUCCGCCUGGAGAACCUACAGAAGCUGACAGAGCUGCAGCGGGACCUGGUGGGCAUAGAGAACCUCACUGCUCCCGGCAGGGAGUUCAUCCGAGAGGGCUGCCUUCACAAGCUCACCAAGAAGGGCCUGCAGCAGAGGAUGUUCUUCCUGUUCUCAGAUAUGUUGCUGUACACAAGCAAAGGUGUCACAGGGACCAGCCACUUCCGAAUCCGGGGCCUCCUUCCACUCCAAGGCAUGCUGGUGGAAGAAAGCGAGAAUGAGUGGUCUGUUCCUCACUGCUUCACCAUUUAUGCAGCUCAGAAAACAAUUGUGGUGGCAGCCAGCACUCGGCGGGAAAAGGAGAAGUGGAUGCUGGACUUGAAUGCUGCCAUCCAGGCAGCCAAGAGUAGCGACAACACGUCCCCUACACUGCCAGGGGGCCCCACGUGCACUCACAUUCCCAGAUCCCCCGAUGAGGUGUCUCUGGAGCAGGAGUCUGAAGAUGAUGCUCGGGUCACCCGAGGCCCCCUAGAAGGACAGGGUCAGCACCGGGCCAACACUACAAUGCACGUGUGCUGGUACCGGAACACAAGUGUGUCCAGGGCCGACCACAGCGCAGCAGUUGAGAACCAGCUUUCAGGAUACCUGCUGAGGAAGUUCAAGAACAGUAACGGCUGGCAGAAGCUCUGGGUGGUCUUUACCAACUUCUGCUUGUUCUUCUACAAAACUCACCAGGUGUGUGCACGUCACUGCAGCACGGGCACAGUGGCAAUGGAGAGCAGCCUUUGCGCCUGUGUCUUCCGCCAACUUCUCUGUGGAAAAUCCCUUCACUCACGGGUCCCUCUGUACAAGCUGCCAUUUUACAGAAAGCCAGUGGCUCUCAGGGAAGGGCUCGGGGGAGGCACAGAACAACCAGCCCCUCCCCUGGAUGGGGCAGGCCUACACCCCAGCUCCCCACCAACCUUGUGUUCCUGUCCUUUCAGGAUGACUACCCCCUGGCCAGCCUCCCGCUGCUGGGUUACAGUGUGAGUGUCCCCAGAGAAGCUGACAGCAUCCACAAAGACUACGUUUUUAAGCUCCAGUUCAAAUCCCAUGUCUACUUCUUCCGGGCUGAGAGCAAGUACACGUUUGAGAGGUGAUUCUGCAAUGGGGAGCCCAGUCUGAGCAGUGCUUUCCUUCGUUUCCCGCUUUCAUUCAUGGAGCUGGAGACGUAUUUUGGGGUCCUAGAAAACAAGGGUUGAGUAAUGCUUGCAGGGUUUUUAACUGACCCUGUGUCCCAUUUGCCCUGUACUUUGGAUCAUUCAUUCUUGGGAAGGUAUAGUGAGCACAAGUCCAUGGGUCUGACAGCUUGACCCCUUCUACAGGUGGAUGGAGGUGAUCGAGAGAGCCAGCAGCUCACCUGGAAGGCCCCCAAGCCUCGCAAAGGACCAUCCAUGUCCCUCCCCAGGACUGGAGGGUGCAGUAAAAGGAAAGGAAGAUUGAU